AUGGCUGAGCAACACAGAGGUCCCGGGAUGCCCAGAACUAGGAACGUGGAGCCCGAGCAAGCAACCGGAAGUGCAGGUGUGCCUUGGCAACAGAUGAUGCAGAAGAUGAUGCAGCAAAAUCAUAUGAUGGCUCAAAUGAUGCAAGGCAUGCAGGGACAACAACCUCCUACUCAAGUUCCCGUUCCUCAAGCUGCAGCUGGACCAGACUUUCGUGCUUUCUUCAGGAUGGAUCCUCCAGAGUUUGUUGGCGGACUUGACUCUCUUUUGGCCCAUGAUUGGUUAGCUGGUAUGGAAAGGGUGUUCCAAGCUAUUCAGUGUACUGAAGAAGAAAAGGUGAUCUUUGCUACUCAGAAGAUGAAGGGACCGGCUCUUAGGUGGUGGAACACUGCAUCUACCUAUUUCACCACACAAGAGAUUCCUAAGGAUUGGCAACACUUCAAAGUAGCAUUCUUGGAGAAGUAUUUCCCUAAUAGUGUGAGGACUCAGAAGGAGCGAGAAUUCCAGAACUUCAAGCAAGGUGACAUGUCUGUUUCUGAAUAUGCGGAGAAGGUCGAGGACUUGGCUGAUUAUUCCCGACAAGCUGUUUAUGCUCCGGAUGAACUAUGGAAGAUUGACCAGAGGAAGCACACUGGAAAUUGUGAGAUUUCUUCUAUUAGAUGUUAUGAGUGUGGCGAGCAAGGUCACGUAAUAAGGAAAUUCCCAAAGAAGAGAGCUCCUGAAAAGACUGUAGGUCGUGUGUACGCCCUGGAUGCAAGAAAGGCUAAAGGAAACAACAAUCUCAUUGCGGGUACGUGUUAUGUUAACAACCAACCUUUGUGUGUUCUAGUCGAUUGUGGAGCUACUCAUUCUUUUGUCUCUACUGAGUGUGUUUACCGACUUGGUUUGGAAGUUAUUCCAUUAACCAAACCCAUGAUUAUUUCUUCGGCGACGGAUGAUACUGUGGAAGCUCGACUGAUUUGUAAAGACUGUUCAGUGUCUUUUAAUGGUCGAGACUAUCCAAUUAAUCUAAUUUGCUUACCCCUCAAGAGGCUUGAUGUUAUUCUAGGGAUGGAUUGGUUGUCUCUUAAUUCGGUGUAUAUUGGUUGCAAAGAGAAGGCCAUAUUCAUUCCUGCAGAUGAGACUUAUUCCGAUGAUGCAAUUACCAAGUUGAUAGAAGUUUUCAUGGAUUACAUGAAUCGAAUUUUUCAACCAUAUCUGGACCAGUUUGUGGUGAUUUUAAUUGAUGAUAUUCUUGUGUAUUCUCGUACUCCCGAAGACCAUGAAGAGCAUCUGCGGAUUGUGUUGUCUACUCUUCGAGAGAAGAAAUUGUAUGCCAAGUUCAUUAAGUGUGAAUUUUAG